CGAUGACGUCGAUGACGGGGUGGGCCGGCUGCAUGUGACCUCACCAAGAUGGUUGUGGGAGCGUUUCCCAUCGCUAAGCUCCUGUACCUGGGGAUCCGCCAGAUAAGCAAACCUUUAGCGAACCGGAUCAAGGCGGGCGCACGGCGGAGUGAAUUCUUUCGUACCUACGUUUGUCUCCCGCCUGCUCAAGUAUAUCACUGGGUGGAAAUGCGUUCCAAAAUGAGGAUCAUGGGAUUCCGUGGAGCAGUAAUCAAGCCUUUAAAUGAAGAUGCAGCUGCAGAGUUGGGGGCAGAGCUACUAGGAGAGGCCAUCAUCUUUCUUAUAGGUGGUGGAUGUAUGGUAGCAGAGUAUUCAAGGCAAUCAGCUAACAGCCAUAGGAAAGAGGAAGAAAUGGAGGCCAGACUGGGAUCUAUGGAGGCUGAGAUUGCACGAUUGGGACUCCUAACAGAGGAACUGGAAACCAGGGCUCGUGUGACAGAGAGGCAACAAGCUGGCAAAUGAUUAAUUCAUGAAAUUUCUCCACUGACCUUGCAUAAACCUUGCACUUGUUUCUACAAAACUAAACACUGGAGACCUUUGGCCAGCUGUACAAGGAAGUACACACACCAGGAUCUUUCCUUUGGAAAAAAUGUUUUGCAUAUUAAAAAAAUAAAUAAAAGGAGAGCUACAGUGA